CGCCGCCCUGGAGUGAGGGAAGCCCAGCCCCAGGGGUCUCCGGAGCCCGCCGCGAUGGACGCCGUCUUGGAGCCCUUCCCGGCGGACAGGCUGUUCCCCGGAUCCAGCUUCCUGGACUUGGGGGACCUGAACGAGUCGGAUUUCCUCAACAAUGCGCACUUCCCUGAGCACCUGGACCACUUUGCGGAGAACAUGGAGGACUUCUCCAACGACCUGUUCAGCAGCUUCUUCGAUGACCCGGUGCUGGAUGAGAAGAGCCCUCUACUGGACAUGGAACUGGACUCCCCCACGCCAGGCAUCCAGGCCGAGCACAGCUACUCCCUGAGCGGUGACUCUGCACCCCAGAGCCCCCUUGUACCCAUCAAGAUGGAGGACACCACCCAAGAUGUGGAACAUGGAGCCUGGGUGCUGGGACACAAAUUAUGCUCCGUCAUGGUGAAGCAGGAGCAGAGCCUGGAGCUGCCCAUGGACCCUCUGGCCGCCUCCUCAGCCAUGGCUGCCGCUGCUGCCAUGGCCACCCCCCCGCUGCUGGGCCUCAGCCCCCUGUCCAGGCUGCCUGUCCCCCACCAGGCCCCGGGAGAGAUGACUCAGCUGCCCAUGAUCAAAGCAGAGCCCCAGGAGGUGAACCAGUUCCUCAAAGUGACACCAGAGGACCUGGUGCAGAUGCCUCCGACGCCCCCCAGCAGCCAUGGAAGCGACAGUGACGGCUCCCAGAGUCCCCACUCUCUGCCCCCCUCCAGCCCUGUCCGGCCCAUGGCCCGCUCCUCCACGGCCAUCUCCACCUCUCCCCUCCUCACGGCCCCUCACAAAUUACAGGGGACUUCAGGGCCACUGCUCCUGACAGAGGAAGAGAAGCGCACCCUGAUUGCUGAGGGCUACCCCAUCCCCACAAAACUCCCCCUCACCAAAGCCGAGGAGAAGGCCUUGAAGAGGGUCCGGAGGAAAAUCAAGAACAAGAUCUCGGCCCAGGAGAGCCGCCGUAAGAAGAAGGAAUACGUGGAGUGUCUAGAAAAGAAGGUGGAGACAUUUACAUCAGAGAACAACGAGCUGUGGAAGAAGGUGGAGACCCUGGAGAAUGCCAACAGGACCCUGCUUCAGCAGCUGCAGAAACUCCAGACGCUGGUCACCAACAAGAUCUCCAGGCCGUACAAGAUGGCAGCCACCCAGACUGGGACCUGCCUCAUGGUGGCAGCCCUGUGCUUUGUUCUGGUGCUGGGCUCCCUCGUGCCCUGCCUCCCCGAGUUCUCCUCCGGCUCCCAGACUGUGAAGGAAGACCCCACGGCCACUGACAGCGUCUACACAGCCAGUCAGAUGCCCUCCCGAAGCCUUCUGUUCUACGAUGAGGGGGCAGGCUCUUGGGAGGAUGGCCGCAGCGCCCUGCUGCCUGUGGAGCCCCCAGAUGGCUGGGAAAUCAAGCCCGGGGGGCCAGCGGAGCAGCGACCCCAGGACCACCUACAGCAUGACCACCUGGACGGCACGCACGAGACCACCAAGUACCUGAGCGAAGCCUGGCCGAAGGACAUCCGUGGAAAUGGCACCAGCCCCGACUUCUCCCACCCCAAGGAGUGGUUCCACGAGAGGGAUCUGGGCCCAAACACCACCAUCAAGCUCUCCUAGGCCGUACCAGGACCCAGGACCCAGGACGCGUACCCCCUGCCAUCCCUGAAGAGGGACUGUCUUGCUCGCUAACCCGGAUCCGGCUUGUACCCCUGCCCCCUGGGGUGCCAUCCCAGGAGAAAGGGUUCCACUUCUCCCCAGCCCUUCUUUGCCCCAGAUCUCGACUGGAGCCCCCACAUUUGGACUGUUCCCUCGGGCCAACCACUCCGAUUUCACCCUCCCUCCACAGCCGUCUGUCCUCAGAUAAACCACUCACUGGGCUACCCCCCUCCUUCCUCGUGAUGACCAACACGACCACUGCCCUCCCUGCCCCCCGGCCCCCAUACACACACAGACACACACGUCAACAUGCCGACACACACAUACGCUCCCCUCGCCCCCACUGUACAGAGACCAAGAACAGAAAUUGUUUGUAAAUAAUGAACCUUAUUUUUUAUUAUUGCCAGUCCCCUAAGAUAUUGUAUUUUACAAGUCUCCCUCCUACCUUCACCCCUCCCUUGUUUUAUAUUUUAUGAAAUUAGUGCGGGCUUUGCUGUUCCCUGGCCAGGGAACGAGGGUUCCCCUCCCCGCCCUCACCUGGCCUCUCCAUGCCGCUGCCCAAGCCGCUGGGCCUUUUUAAUUGCCAAAUUGCUUCAUCCACCCGCUCAGCAUAUGCUUUAAGAAGGCAAAAGUAAAAAAAA